AUGUUCUCAAGGAUCGCCAACUUCGGUUUCUUGUCCUUGGUCCUCUUGUCCACGAGCGCCCCCGUUUUCGGCCGCGAACGUUGGCUUGAGCGAGACGACAAGGCUGUCUUCCUCCACCCGCGUCGGUUCGGCCAGGAGCAACCUGCGGUUUUGGAGAAGCUUAGGAACGCGUGCCCUGGAGAUGUUUGUGGCACCUUGGCGGGUCAGGCUGUGACGCCUUUGCUGGCUGCUCAGCCCGAGUGCUCUCAGCAGGAUCUGGCUGAUGAUAUCAUCGACGCCAGUCGACAAUUCGAUGCUGCUACUCAGGCCAAUAUGAUUGCUAUUGCACAAGAAUAUCGUCAAGCCGAGAAGAACACUCCCCCUGACUUCACCACCGACCCACCGACCCUCAGGAACUCUGUCUUCUGCCAGAAAGCCCCCCGGAACCCCGAGUUGAACGGCUUGGUUCAGGCUCAAGACCCUGCCAAUGACCCCGAACUGUUCUUCGACCCUGCUUUGAGAGCGACCGUUGUCAGAGGGAGCCAGGCCAACACUGCUCCCUUUGCUGGAUGA